AUGCAGCCGGUAGUAAAAAUAUGGCCAUUCAGAGGGUGCGCUUUGGACUUUAUUGGAAAGUUAACAGCACCAUCUGUAGAUGGCCAUACUCAUAUUGUGGUAGCAACAGACUACUUUACAAAAUGGGUGGAGGCUAUUCCAUUAAAAACUUGUGAGCAACCAACAAUGAUUGAUUUUAUUAAGAAGCACAUUAUUCAUAGGUUUGGAAUUCCAGAGACUACCACCACUAACAGAGGACUUUCCUUUAUUGGAAAUAAAGUUCUUGAUUAUUGUGCUGAGUGUAGUUCCACUCCAUAUUUUGCCCAAUCAAAUGGACAGGCUGAGGCUUCCAACAAAGUAAUUCCCAAUAUCCUUGAAAAGAUGAUUGAGAAUCAUCCAAGGGAAUGGCAUCACUUACUUUCUAAUGCUCUUUGGGCUUACAGAAAUUCAAAAAGAUCAAGUACUGGUGUCACGCUGUAUAUGCUUAUAUAUGGACAUGAUGCCGUUCUUCCAAUGGAAAUGACCAUAAGGUCUGCAAGAGUAGCUUUCCAAAAUGACUUGACUCCAGUAGAUUACAACCAUGCCAUGUUGGUGGAAUUGGAGGACCUUGAUGAAGUAUGUCUUAAUGCCUUGGACCAUAUUAUUAUUCAAAAGAAGAAAGUCAUGCUGCCAUACAAUAAGAAGGUUAAGGCAAAGACAUUUGUUGAAGGAGACCUGGUAUAG